UACCGUUUUUGGUAACCAAAGAGAAUAUUGGACCUCCAAUAAUCGGAUUCAAUGUCAUAGAACUAAUUGUUAAGGAAGCAAAUAGCAUAAGUGAUGAUACAGAAACAUUUGUGAGUGCAAUGAAGAAAAGUUUUGGUAGUUGUAAGGGAGAUAAAGUACAAGCGUUGAUAGAUGUUAUUUCAGCAAAUGAGCCUGAUGACCUUUGUCAAGUAAAAUGUCACAAAACAGACAUUUUGAUUCCGAAAAAUCAAAGUAUUGAUGUACCUUGUCGUGCGAACACUGGUCCAAUAAACCGCACUGUUCCAGUUCUUUUCGAACCUAUUGACAAUACUGAAUUACCAUCAGGGUUAUUAUUACAAGAGGAACUUAAAUCAAUAAAACAAGGGAACUGUUCACUCAUAAAUGUUAAGAUUACAAGUCAAACAAAUCACGACAUUAUUCUUCCUGGUAGAACAGUGGUAGGGCAUUUGCAACUGGUUCGCUCAGUAACUCCAAUAGAAGUGAAGCUAAAGGAACCUAAAGCAACUACUACUAAUCAGCACUUUGAUCAAACUCAAAGUCAGGAAUGCAACAACGUGAGUGCUGAAAAUUUGCCUCCUGUAGACCUGACUGGGUUAAAUGGUGAACAGUUAAAACAAGUUAAACAAUUAUUGUACAAUGAACAGGAAUCAUUUGCAAAGGACGAUGAUGAUGUGGGAUGCAUUCCAGAGUUGACAAUGGAUUUAACUAUGACGAGUGAGAAACCUGUCCAGAAAGAUUAUGCGUCAAUACCACAACCCUUGUACCCCGAGGUCAAAGGGUACAUAGAGGAUCUCUUAAAUCGCGGAUUUAUUAAAAAGUCAAAAUCACCAUAUUCAAGUAGUGUCGUUUGUGUCCGACAGAAGGACGGAGAAAUACGGUUGUGUGUAGAUUAUAAUGAACUAAAUCGAAAUACUGUGCCUGACCGACAUCCAAUACCUCUAAUACAAGAUUCUCUUGACAGUUUGGGCGGCUAA